AGGGCUCCCUCGGGGCUGAGACGGCCUCUUUUCCUUUGCCUGUUUCGCCCUCGAGUGCGUCUUUCCGGCGUUCCUUUUCAGUUCUCUUCUCCCGACUCGGGCCGGACGCGUUCCUGGCCCGCCGCCGCAGAGAAGAGGCGACUUCGCCACCGCUGGAAGAUGGCGUGGGUCCUGAAGAUGGACGAAGUAAUCGAGUCCGGUCUGGCUCACGACUUCGAUGCCAGCCUCUCCGGCAUUGGGCAAGAGCUGGGCGCCGGCGCCUACAGCAUGAGUGAUGUUCUGGCACUUCCUAUUUUCAAGCAAGAAGACUCUAGCCUUCCACCUGAUAACGACACAAAACAUCCACCAUUUCAAUAUGUUAUGUCUGCUGCAACUUCCCCAGCAAUCAAACUGCAUGAUGAAACACUUACUUAUUUAAAUCAAGGUCAGUCCUAUGAAAUUCGGCUGUUAGAUAAUCGAAAAAUGGGAGAUAUGCCUGAAAUCAAUGGGAAACUCAUAAAGAGUAUCAUAAGAGUAGUAUUCCAUGACAGAAGAUUACAAUAUACUGAGCAUCAGCAGCUAGAAGGCUGGAAGUGGAAUCGCCCUGGAGACCGAUUACUUGAUUUAGAUAUUCCUUUGUCUGUUGGAGUAAUUGAUGUAAAAACAAAUCCAAGCCAACUCAAUGCAGUUGAGUUUUUGUGGGAUCCUGGAAAACGCACAUCUGCCUUUAUUCAGGUACAUUGUAUCAGCACAGAAUUUACACCUCGUAAACAUGGAGGUGAAAAAGGAGUUCCAUUUAGAAUACAGGUUGACACUUUUAAACAAUCAGAAAAUGGAGAGUACACUGAUCAUCUGCAUUCAGCCAGCUGUCAAAUCAAAGUGUUCAAACCAAAAGGGGCAGACAGAAAACAAAAAACAGAUAGAGAAAAGAUGGAGAAGCGAACUGCCCAUGAAAAGGAAAAAUAUCAGUCUUCAUACGAUACUACAAUUCUCUCUGAGUGUUCACCAUGGCCUGAUACACCUGCAUUUGUGAAUAGUAGCCCUACUCCAACGCCAGCUUUUACUUCUUCUCCACAUACUACUUACAGUGUCCCAGACAGUAAUUCAUCAUCUCCAAAUCAUCAAGGAGAAGGAAUUUCCCUAGCAGGUGGUGAGCAACUUCAUCCAUCAGCCACAAUCCAGGAAACCCAGCAGUGGCUGCUUAAACAUAGAUUUUCCAGUUACACAAGGGUGUUUUCUAAUUUCUCAGGUGCUGAUUUAUUGAAGUUGACAAGAGAAGAUCUGGUACAAAUCUGCGGUCCUGCUGAUGGAAUCCGGCUUUACAAUGCACUUAAAUCAAGGUCUGUUAGGCCACGUCUAACAAUCUAUGUAUGCCAAGAGCAGUCAAGAAGUAUACGACUGGAAAGGCAACAAGACUCAGGCAACGGAGAAAAGAAUGGUGCAAUAUUUGUUUACCAUGCAAUCUACUUGGAAGAAAUGGCUGCCUCGGAAGUCACUCGCAAGCUUGCUUUGGUGUUCAAUAUUCCUUUGCAUCAAAUUAAUCAGGUUUACAGACAAGGUCCUACUGGUAUCCAUAUUCUUGUCAGCGAUCAGAUGGUCCAAAACUUUGAAGAUGAGACCUGCUUCCUCGUUACCACAAUAAAAGCUGAAAAUGGUGAAGGUUUCCACAUAAUUUUGAAGUGAAGUUGCCAUAUGUAUGUCGGACUGAUAUUCCAAUUGAAAAAUCAAGAAUGGCAGAUAACACCAAAUCUCUUCAGGGAUCUGACUUCACCAUAUAGAAUGUUUCAUAUUGAAAACACAAGUUAACCUUCUAAUGAGCUGUUUAGUAAAUGAACUUAUCACUGCCAUAGCCAAUUGUCCUCAUUAGAGGUAGAAAUGACCCAACAGGCAUGGAAAAAGGCAAAGUACAUAAAAGUGUUUGCCCUUUCUUGACAAAAAUAAAAUAAAAUAGGCACGCUAUGGCCAGUAGAUGCAGUAUCUUGAAGCAUUACUGUUUCCUCUUACACUGUAUCCAGUUGAAUGUAAACUAAUACUGGGCAUUUAUCUUCCUGUGCCAGUUUGUCUAUUACUUGCUUGUGCUUUUAUGCUGCUUUUAUUUUUUGAUGUUAGCAGAGCACAUAGUAAUUUGUGUGGAGAUAAGUAGUAUGAUAAUAGCAAUCAGGUUUGGGAUCUUGAGCAUAAAGCUAUCAAAACAACAUUCUCUGUAUAGAUUGUGUAUAAAGUGUGAAUGUAAGAAGUGCAAAUGUCAGGGCUUCUUGUUAAAGUCCUAGCCACAUGAAAAUUAAGCAUGCAUCAAAAUAUAUUAUCAUUAGUACCUGAGCGAUUUGUAAAAUAAGACCUCUGAGGUACAGCAUUUUGCUUUUCAACAAAUUCCUUGAGAAAAUUUGUUUAUGCAUCAUGUUUUUAGUUUCUUGAAUGAUACACUCCUGCAGUUAUCUUUUUUUAAAAAAACCACUCUGUAAAAAUAAUAGUGAGUUGACCUUUAACAAAAUAUAGGUGCAUUUUUCCAUGUUCACUCCCAGGUCACAACUGCCCCCUUUUUUUCUCUCUCUCUCUCUCUGGCUGCACUGGAAAGACCAGUCAGUGCCUAUUCCAUACAACCAAAUACUUGACUAGCAGUUGCACAUCUUAAUGAACUGUACAAAUGCUUUCAAAUGUUACUGAAGAUCAUAGCAUUCUAGAAAAAUAUUUGACUCUUCUGGAUUGUGUAUUAAUAUAUGUACUUGUUGGAAAUUAAGACACAGAAGGUAGAUUACUUCAUGACUUGCUUUUUUAAUCAACUUUAAUCUUGAAUGCUGUAGUGAAAGGGUGAAAAGUGCACCUCAAGUAAAGUUUUUGAUUUCAAUUCCAUUUUUAAUUAUGCCUAAGUGAAGUGCUUGAACUAUAUAAUUAUUCUAAGAAAGUCCGUUAAUUACUUGUAUUUGGAUGAAUGUUCGUUCCCUUAUUUCUCCAUGACCUAUACUAUUCUGCACUGAUAGAGGGAGCAUAGUUUGUGAGCAUAAACUGUUUUUGAGUUGUUCUUGAUUAUAAAUUAUUUUUGAUUGUACUUGAGUGUCUUCAGUUCACUUGAUGUGUCAUGUUGACACAUUUUUCAAAUUUGUGGAGAAUCUUCAAAAAAUUUAAAAGCUGUACAGUAGUUUUGUUCAUUUGGAUUUAAUUAAUGGCACCAGCAAAUUACUUUUUGUUUUUGGAUAUGAUAUAUACAUUUCAAUUUCAGUAAAAACAUUUUACAAUAAUGUUGUAAACAUUUUUCCUUCACUUUUUGCAAUAUGUACUGAAAACAUAAGUGCUGCUGAGAUAUAUAAUUUGGAGAAGUAUGUCAUCUCUUUCAGCUGGAACUAGAAUGAGCACUGGCUUAAAAAAGAACUGUGCUUAUACUCUGCUCAACUAAACUGGAUGUGCUGAUGAUUUUUUUUUAAAAAAAAUACUGUUUAUAUUGAUUUACCACAAUAAGUUUUAAAAUGAUUGAAGUUAAAUCCAAAUUUGAAUGCCUUUAUUCACUAGUAACCAGUACCAAGUUAUUUAAAUUAAAUACCUGUUUAACAAUUUCAGUUUCAUGAACUCCCUUUAAAUAGAAUCAAACACAUCAAAACAAGUUUGUUUGAUAAUGUAAUAUUUAUCUUCAUAGCUUAAUUACUAUAGACAAAUCGCAAAUAAUACAGAUAAGCUACUGCAAGAUAUUCUUCUAUACAAAUUACAAAAACAGUGUGUUCAAUCAUAUUUUAUUUGUAUUUAAAUCAUACAGAUACUGAUUAGAAUGCAUUGCAAAUCUGUUUUAUCGUUUAACUGAAUAUUUGAAGAAUGCUUUUUUCAAAUUCAGUGUUGAAGAACUUUGAGAUAGUGUAUUCCAUAACUUUCAUUUGUCUAUCAUGCCGUUUUCUUUAUUUAAAAAAAAGUUGCUUAAAAGUGAUUUUUCCCCCAAAUAAAACUUAACAAAACGUAUUCCUUUAUACAAGAAAAAAAUUAAGGAUAUGGCAGAAAAUUGGAUUAGAUUGAAUACAUUACUUAAACUGUGGCUUACUGGUAUGUGGCAAAUUGUAUUUGCUCCUCCUCCUUCACAACUCCAAGGUGAUUAGAAGCCUUUGUUUAACUGCAAUUAAUUGAAAGCAAAAUCCAGUAAAGAAACCCUGUUAAGUCUAAUGCUUUGUGAAAUAAUGGUUGGUUUUAAUUGUUAAAUUAGCCACAGUUUAACAUUAUCAGUGAUUGAAAAUGGAAGCAAACAUGUGAUCUCUUUCCAGUUACAAGGGUUGAAUUAAAAUAAUGUCUUCAUUGUUAUAAAUUGCCAAUAGACCACAGUACAAGUGCAUAGUAAGCUCUGACAUAUUCUUUAACGUCUAUUUUUUUUCCAUUUGAGAGAGCAGGAAGCUGCUAUGAAAAAAGAACAUGUUUCUCUUUGCAAAAUGGAAGCCUACUGGGUUGAUUUAAGCAUAUUAUAAUUGAAUUUUAAUUGCCAAAGGAAUCUUCCCCCAGUUGAAGUGUUUUUUCUGGGAUGAUGGGGUUGAUUUAAAUAUUCUCAUUGUAUGUUACAGUGAGAAGUGUUGAAUCAAAGACAAUUGAUAGAUCAAUGAGAGAAAUUGCUAUCAAGUUUGGCAUUUCACAAGAAAACAAAUAGCAUUAUUGAUAAUCUUAAUAUUGGAAGAUUUUUGCAAGAUUGUUUCCUCAUGUUGAAAGCGGAACUAAAAAGCUCAAGAUUUAAAAUUUGCCAGAUAUUGUUGAGGUGCUACAAAAAUGAAGAGAAUUUAUUCACAAUAUUGUGACAGCCAUUGAAAUGCAAGUUGAUCAUUAUCAUUAUCAUUAAAAUGUCAGUCCAUGUAUAAUCCAA